CCCGCUCCGACCCCGCUCUGAGAGCGAUGAGCGCCCGCACUCUGCGCGGCGCCGCCGCAGCCUCACCGGCCCCACGGGCCCUGGGCAACGCCGGCACCCCCGUGCUGGCCGAGUGCCCCGGCAACGACGACGAGCGCGAGAGGCGGCAGCGCCGGCGCUCCAGGGCCGCCGACUCCUCGCUGGAUCUCGGCUCCCCCGCGCCCAGGCAGGAGGGCUGGCAGCUUCCGCAGUGGAGCAACGCGCAGAUCUCAGAGCACUACAACACCUGCAUCCGCCUCUCCACGGAAAACAAAAUCACCCCGAGAAACGCCUUUGAUUUACAUCUCAUUGACUACAUGCCCAAGAUCCUGACACAGAACUCUGAGUUCCCCAGCUUCAAGGUUGCAGCUGGAACGUUGGAUGCCUGUGCCAAGAUCUACUCUGUGCGUGUGGACACAGUCCAUGCAGACACCUACAAAGUCCUUGGGGGCUUAGGCAAGGACUCAGCACCUGCCAAGGGCCUGGACAGCCCAGGGGAAGAAGACAGUUCAGCUCCUGAGGCCAUCAAGAAAGUUCAGCCAAAGAAAAAACAGGCAUUCAAAACCAUUGAGCAGAACUUGAGCAACAUCAAUGUAUCAGAGGCCAAUCACAGGCAUCGGGUGGAUCCCAUGUUCCAGAAAGAAGCAGGGUCCUUUGAUGAGCGCAGCACUGCUGGGAUUUUCCUCACCCGUCUGCACUCCCAGGACUUCCACUGCGAGCUCCAGUUUGAGUCCAGAAUUGUCCCUCUCCCUUCCUCGGAGACUCUCUCACUGCCAAACUCAGAUCCCGUGGAAAUGAUGGAUUUAAAGUCCCUGCUGGCUAAGUGUGUUGAGAAACGUCUCAUCUGCUCUUCCCUGGCUGGUUUCCAGUUCACAAAGUGGGAUGAGGAGUCCCACGAGGAGUCAGUGUUGGCCCUGCUGGAUAAAUUUAAGAAGAGUGAGCAUGUGUUUGACCCCUACGCAGAGGUGGAGAGUGAUGGGGAGGGCGGUGCUCCCCCCCUGCCAGAGGAUGACUUCCACUCGGAUUUCCCUGGGAGCAGAGCAGCAACGAAGCUUGGGGAAUUCACAGAUAACAUCAGCUCCUCUGGAACAAUCAGCCAGAACCAGAGCAAGAGGACUGAUGGAACUCGUUUUGGAGAGGGAGACAUUGAGACCAUGUGCCAUCAGCUCUCUGUGAAUCCAGGGGAAUAUUCCUACUUCAGUCCCCGCACUCUGUCCAUGUGGGCUGGCCCCCAGCACUGGCGCUUCAAACCCUGCCACACAUCCAAUGCCAACUCUGAAAAGGAGACCAGGAAAAGGAAUGUGAAGGAAGUGUUUGAGCUGAACUUUGAUGAGAAUGUUGACUUUGAGGCCUAUUUCCAUAAGACCAAGGCAUCUGUAACUCUGGCCAAAUCCAUCCUGGAAAAAGAGAAUGUGAGGAGCACCACACUCCCUGAAGACUUCAACUAUAACCCUGAGAACUUCCCCCAGCUGUUCCUCAAACCACUUGUUAAGCUCAACAGGACGUCAGAGCCAGUCACCACAUUGGAGAACGAAGCUGAGAUUGGGGACUAUGACUACAACAACCCCAAUGACACCUCCAACUUCUGCCCUGCCCUGCAGGUCUCAGACAGUGAUGAUGACAGUGACCCUUCUGCGUUCCUGGCUCAGACAGGGGAGUUCAAUCCCCAGGGGCUGCAGCUCAGCAGGGUCCUCAACAGGGAGGAUGUCACCACGUACGGGGAGCUGAACCUCAUCGCUGAGCCCCAGAAGAUCAAUAAAAUUGCAAUUCAAUAUGCAAAGAAUGCAGAGAAAAUGGACAUGAGGAGGCUGAAGAAAACCAUGUGGCAGCUGUUGACUGAUGGGCAGAAGAAAGGGGCAGUGGGAGAGGUGGAAGAUGCUGAGAAAGAGGAGGACACGUCAGUGGUGGCAGGAGAGAAGAAGCUGAGCGACAUCAUGAAGGACCUGCGGCACAGGCUUCCUGCUGACAUGGCAACCAACCUGUCCGUGCCCUCAGCCUUCGUGUGCCUCCUGCACUUGGCAAGUGAGAAGAAUCUGAAUCUGGAGGGAACAGAGGACCUGUCCGAUGUCCUGGUGACACCAGACACUAAGCCACAUAUGGAGCAGCCCUUGGAAUGACCUCAGGCCAGAGCUCAGUGUCCCAGCUCUGGACUCUCAUCAGUGGCAGAUAUUUCUCCUGCCAGCUGAGAAAUCUCCCUGGUCUCUGCACCUCAGGAACACUUUUAAGUCAGGAAUGUCCCACCUGACCACCUGACCUGCAUGGAUGGUCAUGGCUCAGCCUUCCUGGCUCCCGCCACCACUGAUCCUUCAGCUUUUCCUGGAAAUGGGUAGUGGAGUUCAUCUCACUGUGAACCACGAGUGCCUAUAGCAACAGGCUUUUCUGUGUGUGUCUCAAAAGGUUCCUCUGUCUGUCUCGAAAGGUUCCUCUGUGUGUCCUUCCCUGUCCGUAAUUCUCAGUUUUUUGACUGACUGUUACUGCUGUUUCCAGUUCCUCCCACAGUCCUGUUCACCCCAGGAAAGGAUUUACCUUUUACACUGUGUUUAAAGGUAAUAAAUUGCUCCAGACUGUGCA